AUGGAAGUCCAUUUAGACGAUUGCAUUCCAGCCUUUGAAGUCAGACACAUAGAUGGCGCUAAACUUUUGGAACUCACCGAGCAGAAACUUUUCACCUAUCAAGAUCUGAAAAUCAAGCACAGAAAGCAAAUAGCGAAAUGUGUACAAGAAUGCAAAUCUCAGGCAUCUAAUGCUAAAAGAAUGGCCCGGAUCCUCAAGCAGCAACACAGCCGUAGUUCCAGAGUCGGAGAAGCAGAUUUCAAUGGGGCUUACGAAAGUGAUUCCGAUGACUGGGGAAGUGACUUUGAAGACGACAGCGAUGAUGAAGUACGAAAUGAGAAUUUAACCGCCGAGCUUAAUAAUAACACACUCCAUAGUUUGGGUCAUUCAAAUAAUGAAAUGUGUUGUUCGACACAGAAACCUUGUUCAAAGACUGUUUUUGAAUGUUCUCCAGGAAAAAGCAUUCCAAAGCCACCAGACGUGCCUGUGAUUCCCAAAAGCAUGAACAGUCUCUCUGGACCAAAAAGCAGUCACUCCGGCAUUCCGAGGCCUCCUUCCAAAAGACCUCCCAGCCACCCGCCUCCUCCUCCUGUUCUUUUGGUGUCUAGUCAAGAUGAGCCCCAGGAAGACUAUGAAAUCCCCAUUGUUUCUACCUCAAAAUCAGGCAACGCAGCUAGUUUAAGUAUAAGACAGACAUAUGAAUUAAUCGAACCUCCUGAAGAAGACUAUGAAGUAGUGGAUGACUCCCUGUCGCCGGUGGAGAAGCCUGUCCUCCCUCCGAGGAAUCCGGUGGCCUCCUCCUCCCCUCCCCCGCCCCUGCCCCAGAAGCCACGGAAGCUGAAAGAUCCCGUCUUCCCGGAUAAACCGGAGGAAAUCCGCGGCUUUACGAGAACACCGAAAGAAUCUCCGAUCCAGGAGUCCACCCUCGAGAGGCUCGGGAGGAAGAUGUCCAACUCCUCCUUCCAGGGGAGCAGGGAGGCCGAGAGCCUGUCCUCUCGGUCUUCCUCCCCGGAGAAAGAUGCGGCACAAAAUAUGGCAACACGACCUUUACCUCCUGUUCCUAUUUCGAAAGAGGAAAAAGUCAAUUCCAAACAGCCGGAGCUCCAGUCUUGCCCCUGGUUCUGUGAAAUGGAACGAGAGGAUGCGGAACAGGUGGUCAGGGGGCUCGAAGAGACGGGGUCUUUCGUGGUGAGGCCCAGCAAGCGUGCAGGCCAGGACAACCCCUACAGUCUGACUGUUCUCCACGACUGCAGACUCUUCCACCUCAACAUCAGACGCAGAUCAGACGACACCUUCGCACUCGGCAAGGAGAAGAAGAAAGAGAAGACCUUCCCAACGGUUGCAGAUCUGAUUUCUUACCACCAGGCUGAACCCAUCCUCUUGACCAGUCGCGGAGAACCUGCGGGGAAAACCAUCUUGACCAAGUACCCGGAGAAACCCUCCACAUGA